AUGCAGGGAAUUAUUUCGCCUACCAAAAAGAAGAGGUUGCAUUCUGAUCAUGCAUCCAAGAAGUCGGAAAAGAAGAAAAAGAAAUCCAAAUCAAGUCAACCGCCCCCUAUUUCAUCCCUAGCCGUCUCUGAUGAUAAUCAUGGCGCAGAUUUAGAGGAACCUACAUCUCUUCCUAAAUCUAGUACAACCUCUAAGUUAUCCUCUUUCUUAGAUUCCUUGUUUCAAGCUCCAUAUGACUAUGAUGAACCAUUCUCUUCAGCUCCACUUUCACCAACACGAUUUCAUUCGGUUCUAGAAAGUCCAAGUCAUCAUGUCUCCUUGGAUUAUAACUCCCUUGAGGAAGAUAACCAAGAUGAUGCUAAGCAAUCCAAACCAGAAAAUUUUCCUCAAGAUUAUCAUGUACAAGAUAAUUCCGAUGAGGAUACUCCAAUGCGGACGGUAGAUAUUCCUUCCAGUGAAGGACUGAUAGUCGAUGAUGAGACAAAUGACAUGUCUAUUGUUCUUUACUCUAAUGCAUCUGCCAAGACUUUCAACACUGAUCUUGAUGACUACUCUCCUCCAACUCCAAAAGAGUCUCAAGAAAAAGAUGUUGUUAACGAACCAAAUCUCUCAUCCUUUUCACAAGAUCCUAUUCAGGAUGACAGUACUCCUAAAGAAACAAAUGAGGACAAUACCACAGAAACAGAGCUUGAGCGCAUCAUACUUACUGCCUAA